AUGGCACUUUAAAAAAUACCCCUAAAUUUAAUAAGCUAAUAUACAAUCAACUACCGUUCUUUGCUUCAAAAGUAACUAUUAGUAAAAUAUUCUGAAAAUUUAAGAAAAUUAANUUUGUAUGCAAACUUAUAGAUGUAAAUAAUAAAAACAAUUUUAGUGGUGGUGGAUCAUAUGAUGAUAAUGGUGAUGAGAUUAAGAUUGGAAAAUGGAUUGAAGAAAGUAGAGAGUUUAAUAAUAGAGAAUAAAUUAUUUAUAUUGGGGAAUAUCUUAAUGGCAAAAAGGUUGGUACAUGGAUUGAAAAAACAACGAGCAAUAGGGGUAUCACCUAAGAAGAAAUAAUAUAUGAUAAUUGA